GUCUUGUAGACCUUAAAAGCUAUUGCUGGUUUUUAACCAAGCAGCUACUCUGGCAAUUGGAUUCCCAAGAUAGUUGAGAACAUGCUGUCCAUGUCGUACACUGAAAACUUGAAGGAACGAAUAACUAGAUACCAUUCAGAUCAGGGUCUGAAUCAGGUGCGGCACACUGAUACGAUAGAGAUGCAGAAGCUCCGAGAAGUCAGAGCCUUGGUCCAAUCGAAGAAGAUGGAAGAAUUUCUCCUAAUGCACUGUCUGUCGCUGGAGAAUUGUACUGCCUAUCAGACAGGCAUGAAGUAUAGAAAUCUUGGAAAAUCGGGACUGCGGGUCUCCUGCCUUGGCCUAGGAACAUGGGUUACCUUUGGAGGUCAGAUCACUGAUGAGAUGGCUGAACAGCUGAUGACUUUGGCCUAUGAAAAUGGAAUAAACCUCUUUGAUACAGCGGAAGUUUAUGCAGCUGGCAAGGCAGAAAUUGUAUUAGGAAGUAUCAUUAAGAAAAAAGGAUGGAGACGGUCCAGCCUUGUCAUUACUACUAAAAUCUUCUGGGGUGGAAAGGCAGAAACUGAGCGAGGGCUGUCCCGAAAGCACAUUAUAGAAGGAUUGAAGGCUUCUCUUGAGCGCUUGCAGUUGGAGUAUGUGGAUGUGGUGUUUGCAAACAGGCCAGACCCAAACACACCUAUGGAAGAAACCGUGAGAGCAAUGACACAUGUAAUUAACCAAGGAAUGGCAAUGUAUUGGGGCACCUCACGAUGGAGUGCGAUGGAAAUCAUGGAGGCUUACUCAGUGGCUCGACAAUUUAACCUCAUCCCCCCAAUAUGUGAACAAGCUGAAUAUCACCUCUUCCAGAGAGAGAAAGUUGAAGUGCAGCUUCCAGAGCUUUUCCAUAAGAUUGGUGUUGGUGCAAUGACAUGGUCCCCUUUGGCCUGUGGUAUUAUUUCUGGUAAAUAUGACGCUGGGGUUCCUCCUUACUCGAGAGCUUCCUUAAAGGGUUACCAGUGGUUGAAGGAUAAGAUUCUAACUGAGGAAGGCAGACGACAGCAAGGAAAACUAAAAGAACUUCAGGGUAUUGCAGAGCGACUGAGCUGCACCCUACCUCAGUUAGCAAUAGCCUGGUGUUUAAGGAAUGAGGGAGUUAGUUCUGUGCUAGUGGGAGCCUCGAACACUGAGCAACUUCUGGAAAACAUUGGAGCAAUACAGGUCCUUCCCAAGUUAUCCUCAUCAGUUGUGCAUGAGAUCGAUGGUAUCCUGGGAAACAAACCAUACAGCAAAAAGGACUAUCGAUCUUAAUGAGGGAUUCAAAUGGGCCUGGACUGUUAUCUUUCAAAAAUAAUCUUCUUUGCCUGCUCAAGCUGUAACUGAAGUUAAUACCAGUAUGCUUCUGACGAAGGAAUUAAACUUCCAGUUCCUGAUGCUACAGAAAAGGAUCAAACAAGAAAAAAUAUACCACAAACCAGUGCUGACAAAGCUAAACUGGUUCAGUGGGCUGCCUGUUACCUUUGCUAAGUUUUUAAACUUUUUCUUUUCUUAAUGCAAAAAAUUACUGGAUUAAAAUUAACAUCAGAGUUG